AUGACAACAUCACAAAUAGACGCAGAUAAAGAAAACCAAAUAAGCGCUGUUAUAGAUUUUUUAAAUAACAAUGAAGAAGUAAAUAUUUUAGAUACCAAAAAAGAUGAGGAAAAACUUGAUGAUGAAAUAUCGAAGAAAGAGAAAAAAACGAAAAAAGAUAAGUUUCCUUCCAAAAAAGAAAAAAAAAGAAAGGCAAUGAAUGAAGACGAAAUUGUGGAAAGAAAUAAGAGGACAGUUUUUGUUGGAAAUGUACCAAUAAAAGAUGUGUCAAUUUCUAAAUUAUUGAAAAUUUUAAAUAUAGAAAAAUCAAUUGUAGAAACGGUACGUUUUCGAUCCUUACCUUUAGAAGAAAAAUAUGCAGAUAAGAAAAGGCUGGGAGUCUUGCGUAAAAAAUUUACGGAUGUAAAGGAUAAUAAAAACGCCUUGGUGACUUUGAAGGAUGAGAAAGAUGUUCCUCUUUUACUGGAAAGAAAUGGUGUUAGAAUAUUGAGAGACACUGCAACGAGUAUGUCAACGGGUACAGCAUUUAUUUUAUUUGAAAACCGAAGUGCUGUGAAAAAGGCCAUACAACAAUUUAAUGGAUAUACAAUAAAUGACAGACAAAUUGUUGUCGAAAAAGUGCAGGACGACAAAGAGAAGAAGGGGUAUAGCCAUAAUGAAAAAAGUUCCUUCAAAAAAAAAAAUAAGGAAAAAGGGGGUAAUAAAAAUGUGAAGAAAGACUUUACAAAAAAGUUUAAUAAGUACAAAUCGAAAAAGAAAAAAUACAUGAGAAGGAGAAAAAAAAAGGAACAUAAAAAUGUUGUAAAGAAUUAA